GGCGCCCUUUAGGUGCAUUUACAGCGCAUCAAAGUAGCGUUCUGGUUGUGCUCCACCUGCGCCGUGGUCCCGUGUCGGCGUCUCCCUUGCACGCUCUCUCUCUAGAACGCAACUUCUGCCAGGCCUCUCAACAGAUUCAUCACCAUCACCAACAACCGCUGCGUUGCCUGGCACUUCUCACGAGGACGGGCAUCGACUGCGGACGCUUAGCACGAACUGCGGCCCAUCUGCUAGCCCAAAGGAGCCCGCCGACGCGUCUAGCCUUGGCUUCCUUCAACGCUAUGCCCCGCUGAGACUCCUCCGCUCGCCACCACCUCUAACCCGAAUACUUGCUUUUUCCCCAACUUUCUCCUCAUUCUCACAACCUUCAGCGAUCCUUGCUUGCAUCUGAAUCAUCGACCUGCAGCUCGCAUAGCCCCUGUCUGCUUUGCUGGAUUUGCCUCUAUGCCGCUGGGGCAGCCUCCUAUUGCAGACAAGGCAACAAAUACAAACAGACUGGGCUAACUAACCACCGCACUGCGUCGCUCAUCAUGGCCGCCGCAGACGUCCCCGCGGCCUCCAAGCUUGAGCGGUCAAUAUCUCAACAGAGCACCUCUUCUGCGCGCUCCAACCGCAGCGCUACUCUUCGUGGCCGCCCUAGGAAGCUGGCCAGCCAACCUGGCAGCGCGAGCAGCAGCGUUGCACCUAGUGACAAGUCUCUCACCAGCUUCCCAAGCUUCUCCCCUGAAGCUCCGUCCGCUCCACGCUUUUUCGAAAACACCGAUAACAUCGAACGACUAAAGACAGCUACUCAAGAGUCGGAAGAUAGCAAGCGAGAUAGAGCCUUGAGCGGCCAUGCUUCCAUCGUUGAGAGCCUCAUUGACCGCAACGUGUCUGGCGAUGCCCUUUUUGCUGAUGCCCCGUUGGGUCGAUCAGUUCCUGGCGCCUUGCACCAGGCGGACGAUCAGCAUAUCGAACGCUUGAUUGCACGGCACGGCGCUGUCUCUCUUGUACGGCAGCUUGCCACGGACCUCGCCCAACGGGAUACUCAGAUUAGCAGCCUGAGGCGUCGUGCUGACGAACGACAGCGAGCACUCAGGCGUAUACUUCGAGAAUGUGGUUUGUCGACGCUGGACGUGGAGACUCGCCUCCGUGAAGUCGAAAACGAUAUGAAAAGUGAUGCCACCCUGAGACGACAAGAAGGCGGACUGAGCGAUAUGCUCUCCGGUGCUAUGCAAGAUGACAUGUCUGAAAGCACGUAUACAGAUAAUGGUGUCACUGGUACCACUGUCCGAGCCAACACUAUUGCUCAACCAGGUAGCCAAACUGUUGGACGCCGAACAACUCGAGGCUGGAAAGAAUACAUUUGGGGCACUGGGACACGAAAGUCAAACCGCCCCAACGUCAACGGCGAUGCCAUUACUGCCGAAGCAGCGCUCAGAGCUCACUCAGCGGCUGAUCGUAGACCAGCUCUGCCUGAUGAUCUGUUUGAUCCGCCAGACAGUCGAUCCGUUCGAUCCUCUAGCAGAGCCUCGAGCAUUUAUUCAGGAUAUACAUCAGACAGAAGCCAAGAGCCUGCAUCACUUGCGAGCAUGGCCCUCAAGCUUGUCGCGGGAAAUGUAGUACAACAACCUGAGCUCCCACGGGGUCGAGCUACAAGCUACGCUGAUAUAUCAGGUGCGGCUAGAGCCAUGUCUUCUGCAAGUCAGCGUGUUGGUCGACCGUCUGCUGUUGGAGCAGGUCCUAGAGCUCUCAUGGCUAUGAGACGCACUACACACUCGAGCAUACCUACCGUCAACUCAACCCGACAGCAAGCGGCAGAAUCAUGGAACAACAUGGCUAGCAGCCCCCCAAAUGCCCUCUCUGCUAGACAAGAAAGCUACGGUCCAGUUGAAAUGGACGCUAUUCUGCCUCCUGAAACACAGCCACCCACCCUCAACCAGAUGUACAACAAUUAUGCAAACAAUAGCCAUCUUACCGAUCGAUUUGGAUUUAUCUAUGACCAGAGGCGUAAGAAGAGACAACGAGAAGCUGCACAGAUGACAAAGCGCAUUAAACAAGGAACUCGAGCUGAGAUGCUCACCACAGGCCGCAACGGUAUCUCGCCUAACCUGCUUGACGACUUGCCCAGCCCCAAAUGGAGCGUCUCCAGUGAAGGACGCCCUAGCACACCAGGUAGCAUUGACGACGUAGUCCAAGAUGAAAGCAAGCCUAAGCGCUGGCAAGACUAUCUCAAAAUCGCUACAUUCCCGACGGAGCUGCUAAGUCAUACCCCCAGCGUCAGUGCAUCUGCCAUUGAGGUCAUGGAGACGACCGGGAUCCUGUCAGCCGACAAUGAUGAUCGGGCGAGACCACAUGGAAUCAAGCCAACUGGAGCCGGCCUUGUACCGAUAGCUAGCCCUACAACGGCAAUAGACAGCGAAGCAACCACGCAAGUGUCGGAGCAGGAAUCCAUGAUUACCGCGCCAACCACAGGCGCGACCACCCCUGAUGACACUGAGCCUGUCAAGCUACUUUUGCAGCAGCUCAGCGAAGUCCAUGAUGUACUACAACGUGACAAAGCCGCUCGGUGGAACGAGUUUCUUCGCAAAGUCCGCGCAGAGCGAAAGCGUGAAGGGGAUGCUGCUGUGGCGGCUGCUAAUGCAGCCGCUGAAGCCCGUUUCGAACAACCUGCCGUCAUCCUCCCCGAAACACGAGUUGCAGAUGGUGAAAUGAUUGGUAUCUCUGGCCUGGGUAACAAGGGCAAAGUUGGACGUGCCAAGUGGAACGAGUUCAAGACACUGGUGCUUGGUGGUAUCCCCGUCACGUACCGAGCUAAGAUUUGGUCUGAAUGCUCUGGUGCUGUUGCGCUGCGCAUCCCAGGAUACUAUGAUGACAUUGUUGCACAAAACCCCGAGGAAGACGACCCCACAGUUGUUGGACAGAUUCAAAUGGACAUCCAUCGAACCCUUACAGACAACAUUUUCUUCCGCGAAGGUCCUGGUGUUCAGAAGCUCAACGAAGUCUUGGUUGCUUACUCAAGGCGCAACAAGGAUGUUGGUUACUGCCAGGGCAUGAACCUAAUCACAGCCAACUUGCUUCUAAUUACACCGUCUGCAGAGGAAGCAUUCUGGAUCUUGGCUUCGAUUGUCGAAAACAUCCUGCCACACGGUUACUACGACCAGUCGCUGAUUUCCUCCCGCGCCGACCAGCAGGUGCUACGACAAUACGUGACAGCGGUGCUACCUAAGCUGUCUGCUCAUCUAGAGUCACUCUCCAUUGAGCUUGAGGCCUUGACAUUCCAAUGGUUCCUCUCCGUCUUCACCGACUGCCUUUCCGCCGAGGCGCUGUUCCGCGUCUGGGACGUUGUGCUAUGCACCAACGACGGCAGCACAUUUUUAUUCCAAGUCGCCCUUGCCCUGCUCAAGCUCAACGAACAGAACCUGCUCAAGUGUGACACACCCGCCAGAAUCUACACUUAUAUCAACCACCAAAUGACAGAGCACGCCAUCAGCAUUGACGGUCUUAUGCAGGCUAGUGAGGGGCUACGCCGCGAGGUCCGCCGGGACGAGGUUGAGCAGCGCCGCGAUAAGGUUAUUCAAGCUGAGCGAGAUUCUAUUGCAGAACGGGAAAGCAUCGCGAGGAAGCGAAAGGAGAGCUCUGCAGCCGCGAAGCAGCAGAAACUAAAGACGGCUGAGACGAGCGAGACAGCCAGCAUUGCAUCAUCAUCGGCCCCUCUGCCCGCAGAGGAAGCCCGACCGACAGAGUAAACAAGUACGGCUGUUUAUUGUUUGAUCUUUGAAAUAGACUAGUGAUACCCCUACAUUAUAGCACUUUAUUAUGAAUGUCGAAUUGGAUAUUUACCAUG